AGUUUCCCCACUAGUGUUCGCUCUCCACACCGCCGAGUCCGCGCAGGCUUCGACGGGCGAGCGGAAACCAGCUGAUUCAGAAGCGCUCGCGCUCUGCAGCAAGCACAGCGUUCAACGGCCACCACCCCCACAAGAUCGGAACCCUGGCUCCUUCUGGUCACCGCACCGCCACCGCGAGCCGUCCCCGUGCCGGGAGUGCCGGACGAGCCGAGGUGCCCGCCGGGUCCAUGCUCCUGGGCGGGUCUCGACCCGGGGCGUGCAGCGAGAGCCCGGGCUCCCGCCCUGGGCCCAGCCCAGGAUCUGACGGAGUCAGCGCCAGGAGCGGCACGGGACACCGCACGCACAUCCGCAGGACAGGCAUCGUUAGGACAAGCAGAAGCAUCACCAGGAUCUAGAAAAGAAGAACGCUUUACGAGAGACUAGCCCACCCAAGGACAAUCAGCCACUAGGUCUGACUACAGUAUUCCACAAUAAGAAACAAAAACAAGUUAGGAAAGAAAGGCCAGGGAGGAAGACCGGCAUGGGACCCGAGAAGAGGCCUCGGAGCGCGACCAUGACGUCGACGACGCCUCCCAGCGGGGCGGCGGCCCUGGCGCAGCCUCCUGACGGCGGCUGGGGCUGGGUCGUGGUACUGUCGUCCUUCAUGAUCCACGUGAUCGCCGACGGCGUGACGUACACGUUCGGCAUCUUUUACCUGGAGUUCCUCAAGUACUUCCAGGAGAGCAAGGGCAAGACCGCCUGGAUCGCCUCCAUCAUGGUGGGCACAACCUUCUGCAUCGGUCCAGUCGCGAGCGGACUCACGACCAAGUACGGCUGUCGGUCCGUGACCAUAGCGGGCUCUUUGCUCGCCACGGCGGGCCUGGUGAUCAGUGUGCCGGCGCCAAACGUCACCUACCUCUUCUUCACCAUCGGACUGUGCACGGGGGCCGGCUUCGGGCUGAUGUACCUUCCGGCCAUCGUGUCGGUGACCAUGUACUUCGAGAAGCGGCGCGCCUUCGCCACGGGCAUCGCGGUGUGCGGCUCUGGCUUCGGCACCUUCGCCCUGGCGCCGCUCGUCGAGUGGCUGGUGCACGUGUACGGCUGGCAGGGGGCGCUGCUCAGCACGGCCGGCCUGGUGCUCAACUGCUGCGUCUUCGGGGCCCUGCUGAGGCCACUGCCGCCGCCCAAGCCGCCCCAGCCGCCGCCGCCGCCGCCCUACCAGAAGAGGGAGAUCAACGGCAACGCCUUUCCGGAGAUGGGCGGCCUGAAGAUCAACGGCCCGAACACGUGCUCGGCAUCUCGGGAGAUGUCCAUGUCCACGGGGACGAUCGCCGACUCCGCGGAGUGCCAAGACCUGAGCCUGCAGAAGAACGGCUUUGCCGACGACUACGGAAGCCGCAAGAACCGGAGGCCCAGGUCUGCCCUCCUGGGCCGCACGGGACCCGCGCUGCCCUUGCUCAUGCUGGAAGACGAAAAGACAUCGCUGUCGUGCGUGCACAUCGCCGGCUCCACCCCGCCGAGUCCCACGGCCGUGUCGGGGCCACCGUCGUCCCAGCAGACCAGGAGCCUCCUGCUGCGCAAGGACAUCUUCUACAGCGGCAGCCUGCAGAACCUGCCUCCGGAGUACCGGGGAUCGUCGUCGCUCCUGUCCAAGGACAUGUCCCUCUCAGUCGCGUCGCUCAAGACCGUCAAGUCCGUCACGGUGCCAACCUCAGACGAGCGGACACGCUUACAGAGGUGCCUCUGCUCGAGUGAGAUGGAGGCUGCCCUGCGCGAGAUGAUCAACUUCAACUUGCUCAAGUCGCCCGUGUUCCUGCUCUUCGCGCUGUCCAACUUCUUCACGAGCGUGGGCUUCAACGUGCCGUACGUGUACACCAAGGACCGGGCCGUGGAGGCCCUCCACAUGCCCGAAGACACGGCCAGCCUGCUGCUCUCCUGCAUCGGCCUGUCCAACACGCUGGGCCGCGUCCUGCUCGGCUACCUGAGCGACAAGUCGUGCGUGAACCGGCUCUGGCUCUACAACGCCAACCUGACGCUGUGCGGCCUGGCCACUGCCUUCAGCUACGCCGCCAGCGACACCGCGUCCAUGGCUUCCUACUGCGUCGUCUUCGGGGCCACCUCGGGUGCCUUUGUGAGCCUAACUUCGGUGAUCUUGGUGGACAUCCUCGGUCUGGAAAGACUCACCAACGCCUUCGGGCUCCUGCUGCUCUUCGAGGGCGUCGCCUGCCUCGUCGGCCCUCCCAUGACAGGUUGGCUGUACGACUACACCGGUUCGUACGAUCCGGGCUUCUUCAUUUCGGGCGCCAUGAUUGCUCUCGGCGGCAUCAUGCUCUUCUUCAUACCGUGCGCCCAGGACUGCGAAGCACGCAGCAAGCACCGGGUCACCGUCACCACCGCCACCGCCACGACGACGACGAGCAACGCGUCCUGCGACGACACGGUCACAGACUCCAUCGGAAACGGUCGCGCCAACGGCCCCAGCAACGUGUGACUAUACGUGUGAACCGGAACACACGAAGCUGCCCGGCGUUCGUCGCCAUGGAAACCCACAGGGCGUCCCUCAGACCGUGUCAAACGAAGGCACCAGGCACCGGUUCCAAAGCGCCGCGCUCUCCAGAAGGCAACCUGCAGCCGAUUACGCCUUGCCAGCCGCCAUAUACAAUCUCACUUUUGGCUCAUCUUCCGGAGCUCGCUUUCGGCGCUGGAAUUGCCCCAUUUCUGAGAAGCCAACUGAAGCGGCCAUCUUAUCCGUUCCACUGUCGAAGCGUCCCACACUGCGGGAACCGCCGGCAUGUGGAUCGAAGCACACGCCUUUGCGCGUGGGUAAGGUUUACUUUCUUGGAUGCGGCCAAUGGCGCGCUGCAGCGCUACAAAGACCGGACGGCUUUAUUCCAACAGCUCCGAAACAUAAGAUGUGAUAACGUCGAGUCAUUCAGUCUUGUGAACUUGGUAAACUUGGGAGGGUGAACGCAAAAGGAGGAAUGAAUGGACCUUAUGAAAUGAGGAUGCACGAGCAAUAGCAAUACCGCCAUGUGAUGAAGCCAAAGACGCCAUACCAACGCAGUGGUUUAUUCCUUAAUUUCUAGCCACGGACACAGACUAAGUGCGCUUCGCCAAGGAAAAGGACCCGUGGAGUUAAGCGAGCGGUGAAUGGCCCGCCGUUGUCCAGGGACCCACUUUAAGGUGCUGACACCAGAAUGGUCGCACAUUGACAAAGAAAAUGAAGAAGGACGCUUAAAUUUCAGUAAUGUAGCCAGAAUGUGUGUGUAUAUAUAUAUGUAUAUAUAAGAAACUACGCGUUAUAUCAAAGGUUUUUUUGGCGUUAGAGGAAAAGGUGUACACAACGUCUACAGGGCCAAAGAAGUCUCCAGCACGUCUCUGUCUACGCGUAACUCCGCCGACGUAUACUCCAUUUUAAUCUUCUCUCUUCAAAGCGUCUCGCCAGGUUAUUUCUCCUUAUCUUUCUCUCACAUUAAUUCUCACACCCGCGCAGAGGGGUGCGGAUGAAGAAUGGUGAACUUUGUAAGUUCAAUCCCUAUUUUUUCUACACUCUCGGAAGUGAGGCAAUGUUUGCCUACGCAGCUCUCCUACCCUCAGCCGCCCCCACAGACCCAACGUCCCAAAGCCAGUGUGAUAUGCAAGUGUCUCCAGAUGCCUCAAGUGACCUUAGGGUGCUCAAAUGUCACGCGCGCAAGAAUGGAUAUGUGCCAGCUAUUGUGACGUGUUGCUCUGCAGCCCCAUCCACAGUUCUCCGUUCGUGCAACCAGAACAGCCUUUCCGCAGAGUCGUCAACGAACUCUUCCGCGCUGCUGGCGGUGAAUCGACCGGAGUCGUUUUCAUUAAGAGACUGUGGUAAAUCAGAAUCUAUCGAGGCAUUUGCAGUGUUCUCUCUGCGACCUGAUCAUAGCUUAGAUUUUUUUUUUUUUUUUUUUGAACUCGUAUGUAAUAAAGUGGGGAUAUACGA